AGUUUUGACAGCAAUGCGUGCACUGGGACUCGGGAUUUCUGCAGCUGCGCGGUGGCGCACACAUACACACACACGCGCGCGCGCGCACACACACACACACACGCGCGCGCGCGCGCUCGCGCACAUACGCACAGGGGAAAGGAGAGGAACGCGGACGAUUAACUGUUCGUCAGGGUUUUAGGAUCGGGUUGUAAAAGAUGCAGGACUAGCCCAUUUCAUCCUGAAGAGUGGACAGAAGGUCACUCGUGUGCCAUGGCUCAGUUUAGGCUGCAGAACGUGGAGGACUUCUACGAGAUCGGAGAGUUACUGGGCAGUGGACACUUCGGGCAGGUGCGGGAGCUGCGAGAGCGAACCGGCGGCACGUGCUGGGCCGGGAAGUUUGUGAAGCUCCGCCGGAGCGCGAGCAGCCGUCUGGGCAUGGAGCGGAAGAGCGUGGAGCACGAGGUGACGAUCCUGCAGAGUCUGCAGCACGUCAACAUCAUGGCCUUACGCGACGUCUUCGAGAGCCGGGCCGAGAUCGUCCUAGUCGUGGAGCUUAUCCGUGGCGGGGAGCUUUUCGACUUCAUCGCAGCGAAGGAGAACGUGACGGAGAACGAGGCCAUCGACUUCCUGAAGCAGAUUCUGAAAGGAGCUGGCUUCAUGCACAGCAAACAAAUCGCCCACUUUGAUCUGAAGCCUGAGAACAUCAUGUUGUCGGAUAAGAACGCAGAGCAUCCCGAGAUCAAGAUCAUCGAUUUCGGACUCGCCCACCGCUUCAACCCGGGAGAGGAGUACAAGAGUCUGUGUGGCACUCCUCAGUACAUAGCUCCUGAGGUGAUAAACUACGAGCCGCUGAGCGUAGCCACUGACAUGUGGAGUAUUGGUGUUAUUACCUACAUACUAUUAAGCGGUAUAUCACCUUUCCAAGGAGAAAAUGACGAGGAGACACUAAGGAACAUUGUGGAUAUGAAGUACGACUUUGACGAGCAUUACUUCAGCCAAACGAGCGACAUGGCCAAAGAUUUUAUUGAGAAGCUGCUCGUAAAAGAUCAGAGUGAGAGAUUGACAGCUGAGGAAUGUUUACUCCACCCCUGGAUAAAGCCACUCACACGUACGCAGGCAGCUAACAGGAAUCGCUCGUCCAUCAACUUGAAGAACUUCAAGAAGUUCAACGCCAGGAGAAAGUGGAAGAUGUCCUAUAACAUGGUCUGGGCGUGUAACAGACUUUGUCGUCUGCAGUUGCUCUGCAAGACAGCCAAAGAGAACGAGGAGCUGAGAAGUUGCGAGAGCGACCAGGAGGACACGGAGACCAAGCCGGCCUCUCUCAUCCGCCGCCGACUGAGCAGCAGCUCCUGAACCUCGCCUCCAUCUUCUCCCGCGUCUGUCCUCGGGGGAAAACGUGUCCCAGGGUCACGCAGUAUCCCCCGCAGCUCUCCGGUCGUGCACUCGUGUUUAUUUCAGAGUUCACUUCACGCACAGUUCGACCUUUAUUAUACGGAUGUGUUUUGAACGAGCGUUGCCGUGCAUACGGCAGCCACGUGAUCAGAAAUGAUUACACGAUUUCUGAGAAGAGUUUUUUUCAAUUUUAUGCACAGAUUGAUGUGUGAGGGUUUCAGCACACACAGCACUGUAAAUACCCUUCUGUAGGGAUAAUAUGAACUAGUGUCAUACAUCACUAGCCUUAUGAAGUCUGUUUUGAAGUGUCUUUGGUUUACAUUUAAUUUUUAUGGUUUGUUUGUUGUUGGUUUUUUUUAAGUUUGAGCAUAUCUUAAAGGAAAAUUAUCCAUUCGAGAGAAUAAGCUGUUCAACACAAACUGUCGGAGUACCGUGGUUACAUGUGAAUUUCACAAAAGCCUCGUAGCUUUAAGAUUACUUUCAGCCCAAGCUAAAAAGACUGACGGCCAUCUUUACACGUCUCGGUUAUCUUAGUUAGUAUUAUGCCAUGAUUGAGGUCUGGUGUGUUUGGAAUAACUAAUUAUAGGUUCUUCAUCACAUCUGAAAAGAGAGGAGGACAAAAUAAGCGCACCCUGCCUUGUAGCGUAAAGUAUAGAUUAUUAGAUUAUAUAUUUAAGCCAAGUUUACAGUUGUGUAUCAACUAAGGAAUAUUUUUCUUUUCUCUUUUUUUUUUGUAUCAUAUAGCCUAAAACAUUUGCGAUUUUGUUACGCUCCCUAAAUGGUGCUUCCUUAAAGACUCAGCUGUCCAGUACGCUGUAAAUUCACUGCAGCGCCCCGGAAACGUGCCACAAAACAUCUUUUACUUUUAACGUUUAUUCUAUAUUCAUUACAUAAAUUGCUUGUUGUGGUUGUUCCUCUAACAGAAUCAUUAAACAGCAGAAAAAGGCACUCGUUAAGGAUUCUGGCAUUCAGAAAAGCGUUCGCCCGAUCAUCGGCAGAUCGCAAGUCCGAAUCCCGAGGACGCCUGAGCCGUCGGAGGGAGUGAAAUUGACCAUGCUGUCAGGGUGAGAGAGAUUUAGUACGCUCUCUCCCUGUCAAUCAGAAUGACACUCGGCAAUCUUGGGCGUCUGUCAGCGCAUGUAUACGGAAGAGGGCGGGUAGAGCCUUUCCUCCAAGUGUGUUACACUGCCCUGUGUUUCGGCAGGUCGAAAAUCGUUGGUUCGUUUGCUUCAUAUGUCUCAUAUGGAAAAUCCAGAGGAAAAAAAGAAAUCCAGAUUCUUUGAAUAAGCAAAUUAGACAAACAAAUUAGACCGUAGGCUGCUUUGUAAGUCAGUGUUCCUUGGCUCACAUUUGCAUAUUGGAAUCUGAUUGGCUCUUAUACUUUAUGAUGCAAUAACACCGGUCUGUCACAAGUCCAGCACUCGGAUUUCCUAAUAAGAUUUGCGUUUACACUUUAAACAUCCCGUGUGUUCAAAUGAAUCCUCUGAAAAUAUUUCAUUUCAGUAAUAAUAAGAAGAAGAACAUUAAGCGUGAUUCCAAGCCUAGACUCUCAAACUUGACACUAGCCCUGAGCCAAAAAUCUUGUGUUUGCAUGACAAAUGGUGUACACUGACACACAAUCUCCUCAGCUCAAAGGAAACACUUUGUCUGCUGAUUUGCCGUAAAACUCGAAGGUCUACGCACCCUUUGAUCUAAAUUUUUUUAAAAGCCAUUAUUCGGUAACCCGAAGAGACAAGGCUGGUUUGUUUGCAUACAAUCUGUCUAUAAAUAACGAAAUUCGAAACCGUCUGUUAGCUCAUGAAAGGACGAAAGUUGCCCCGAGCUCAGGGACGGCAUCCAAGAAACGCUGCAUGUAACACAAACAAGUGGUUAUCGACCGAAUGAUUGACAUCUAGGUUUGAAAGUGAUAUAUUAAUUCUUAACUGCAUUUUCAACUCUAUUAUAGUAUAUAUGUCCUGUUAUUCAUUUCACUGUGAUGAAAUGGGAAUGUCUUGGAGUUUUUAAAGAGCUUUAUUGUAUUAGAAAAAAAAAAUGUGACGCUUUUAGUGUUUAAAAUGUUUUU